AUGGUCAACCAUUUCAUUGCUGAGCUCCAGCGAAAGCACAAGAAGGACAUCAGUGAGAACAAGAGGGCUGUCCGCCAUUUGCGCACUGCUUGUGAACAUGCAAAGAAAACCCUCUCUUCCAGUACACAGGCCAGUAUUGAGAUCAAUUCCCUCUAUGAAGGUAUCGACUUCUAUACCUCUAUUACCCAGGCUUGUUUUGAAGAGCUGAAAGCUGACUUCUUCCAUGGCACAAUGGACCCUGUGGAAAAGGCCCUCAGAGAUGCCAAGCUAGACAAAUCACAGAUUCUUGACAUCAUCUUAGUGGGUGGUUCCACUCAUAUCCCCAAAAUCCAGAAUCUUCUGCAGGACUUCUUCAAUGGCAAGAAGCUCAACAAGACUAUCAAUCCUGAUGAAACUGUUACCUAUGGUGCAGCUGUCCAGGCUGCCAUCUUGUCUGGGGAUAAAUCUGAGAAUGUGCAGGACUUGCUGCUGCUGCUAGAUGUCACUCCUCUUUCCCUUGGAAUUGAAACUGAUGGUGGAGUCAUGACAGUUCUGAUCAAAUGCAAUACCACCAUUCCCACCAAGCAAACUCAGACCUUUACUACCUACUCUGACAAUCAGCCUGGUGUGCUUAUUCAGGUUUAUGAAGGUGAGAAAACAAUGACCAAGGAUAACAACUUACUUGGCAAGUUUGAGCUCACAGGAAUCCCUCCUGCCCCAAGUGGUGUCCCUCAGAUUGAAGUUACAUUUGACAUUGAUGCUAAUGGCAUCCUGAAUGUGUCUGCUAUGGAUAAGAGCACAGGCAAGGAGAAAAAGAUCACCAUCACCAAUGACAAAGGUCGUCUGAGCAAAGAAGAAAUUGAGCGCAUGGUCCAGGAGGCUGAAAAGUACAAGACUGAAGAUGAGAAUCAUAGAGACAAGGUGUCUUCCAAGAAUUCUCUUGAGUCUUAUGCUUUCAACAUGAAGGCAACUGUUGAGGAUGAGAAACUGCAAAGCAAAAUUGGUGAUGAAGACAAACAGAAGAUUCUUGACAAAUGCAAUGAAAUAAUCAACUGCCUGGAUAAGAACCAGACUGCAGAAAAGGAAGAAUUUGAGCAUCAGCAGAAAGAAUUGGAAAAAGUCUGUAACCCCAUCAUCACCAAGCUGUACCAGAGUGCAGGGGGCAUGCCUAGUGGGUUCCCAGGAGGUGGAGCAGCCCCAUCUGGAGGUGCUUCUUCUGGACCUACUAUUGAAGAGAUUGACUAAAUGUGCCAGAAGAAAAAGCAUUCUACACAGCUUUCCAAAAAUUGAAGGACUCAAAUUUGUAACCAAGGCAGUAGAGGUUUAAAGUUAACAUUUAAGCUACUGUGUAAAUCUGGGCAUUCUGAAUACUUGAAUGUGUGCAGAGGGAGAAGUGAACAACAUUGCACUUUAUCGGUACUGUAUAAAAACAAGUGGAAAUGCGAUUCUUCUCCUGGAGAAUAAAUAUUUGAAAUUG